ACACACACACACACACACAGCAGGAAGAAUAUAUAUAUUUAUUUAUUAUAAGGAAUUUGCUCACACAAUUAUGGAGGCUGGCAAGUCCCAAGAUCUGCAGGGUUAGUCAGCAAGUUGGAGGCCCAGAUGAGCCAAUGGUUUAGUUCCCAUCCAAGUCUGAAGGCCCAAGACCCAGGAGAUCCCAUGGUGUAAUUCCAGUUUAAAGGCUGACAGGCUUAAUACCCAGGAAAAACCAAUAUUUCAGUUUGAGUCUAAAGUAGGAAAAAGGUUGAUGACUCAGUCUGAAGGCUGUCAGGCAGGAAGAAUUCUUUCUUACUUGGGGGAUGGUCAGCUAUUUGGUUCCAUUAGUCCUUCAACUGAUUGGAUCAGGCCCACCCACAUUAGGGAGAGCAAUUUGCUUUAUUCAAUCUGCCGUUUUAAAUGUUAAUCUCAUCUAAAAACCCCUAAAGAAACACUCAGAAUAAUGAUUGACCAAACAUCUGGGCACCCUAUGGCCCAGGAAAAUUAACUAUCACAGCUCCUGAAUGGAAUUUUUUGUUUGCUUUUGUACAGUCCUUAAAUAAAAGUUUGUUAUUCAUUGUUUGGCAUGCUCUUAUUUUCAUUGUGAAUGAGAAGUUGUGGGGAAAGGCUUUGGGCUGGUAAGAGAAGAGCACAUUAUGGGAUUGGUUUUGAACAGCCUUGAUUCCACCCAUGCAAACUUUAACCACAGUUAAAAAUAAAGCCACAGUUUUAUUUCUGCAUCUGCCUUCUCAGUAUUUCAUUUAUAUCAGUUUAUAAAGUGAUAGCAUGUAUGGGGUAUUUACAUUUCACUCAUCCAUAUUAAAUUUCAAACAUACUUUUGUGAAUAUCCCAGUCUUAAAAUUCACAUUAUUCACAUUGGCUGCACCCAAGGAAACUCACCAGCAGGAAGGAGAACUGACAUUUAUGGAGGCAGAAGCAUUACAUAUGUUAACUCUUUUUCUUUUUCUUCUUUUUUUGGGGGCUGCAGUGCACUGCAUGCAGGCCAGACCAGGGAUUGAACCCAUGCCUCCUGCAGUUGAAGCGUGGAGUCUUGACCACCGGACCAGCAGGGAAGUCCUGACUCAUUUAAUCCUUACAAUAAGGAAAUAAUCCUCUAAAUGGCUAGGUAGUAGAACUGGGAGCAUAAAUCUAGUGUAUCUAGCUCUGAAGACAAUACCGUUUCCUCUUUGCACUGAAAUACCUUGAAGAUAUGAGAGGCGUGUAGAAUUUUAGCAUACAUAUUUGAUUAGAUUUCUUUUUUUAAAGUUAAACCUGAAAAAAAAAUCCUAAUCGUGGAUAUGCCUUAGUGGUCUUGUUGUGUUUGAACUGAUGAACAACAGUCAGGUUUAAUUAAAUAGCACUCAGAAAAAACCCUGUGCAGGGGCUUUGGGAAACCAGAGGUGUUCCUUGGACAGAGAACUUUUAGCUUCUCUGACAAAUGUAUUGGAUUAGUUGAUCUUUGAACUCCCUUCCAGGGGGAGGGACAAAUUAGGAGUAUGGGAUUAACAGAUACAAACUAGUAUCCAAAACAUAGAUAAGCAACAGGGAUUUACUGUAUCAUACAGGGAAUUAUACACAAUAUCUUGUAAUAACCUAUAUAAUGGAAUAUAAUCUGCAAACAACUACCCCAAAUCACUAUGCUGUACACCUGAAACUAACACAAUACUGUAAAUCAACUAUACAUCAAUAUAAAUAAAUAGACUCCCUUCCAGUUCCACAAUCCUUUGACUUUAAAAUAUAAACCUCCAGUGAGGCGCGGGACUCUGGCUUCGCGGGAGGUCUACAGGACCAUCAGGGGUCGCCAACUCAGAGUAAAGAAGCAGCUCUGAAUUCAUAACCCCUUGGAGGUCAAGUAGGUUAGCUCUACAUAUUCUACAACUUCCCAGACCAGUGGCCGUGCACGUUGGGCUUUUAACGCCAGAGCGCAGAAGGAAAUCCGACGACCUCAGAGAGAAUCCAGUCUCCACCACUAAAUUCUAAACUCAAAUUUCUUCUCUGCGGCUACCGUCUGCCAUAGGACUACAACUCCCAGCAGGCCACGCCCGAGGCCAAAGCUUACUGGCGGCCCUGCCCGGGUUUCUUGCCUUGUGGCAGCCAGUAUGGCCAAUAGCAAGGAAGGGCAACCUUCAGGAACCAGUCCUGGAGAGGCAGGGCGGAUCCUUUCGCGGUUCCGGUUCCGACUCCUUCCCCCGGCCCUCCGAGGCGGUGCUGUCCCUGACCGUACGGCUGGAGCUAGCUCUCGACUUGAUCCUAACGACCCCGAACUUCGACCCUUCAGACCGCUUUCCAGCUUGGCCUCUUCCCUCUCACACAGGCCUUUGGCCUUCAGCAUCUGUGAUCAACAACCCCACCUUCUUGGCGCUAACUCCUUAGACCUGGCUCCUUUUCCACUGCCUCAGUCCCUUCCACCCUCCCUGUACCUCUGAGCCUCCUGGGAAGACAAGCCCCAUGGGCCCCUUUCUCCUCUGAAAUCUCUGAAAUGUAAUAUGUAAGAGCCUCUUUAUCUGCCACUGUCUUCUCAGUAGUUGGUGGGCUCCCCAUCUCGGUUAAGUCCCAAUGUUGCUCACCCAUCCUGCAAAUCGUAGCUCAAAGACCACCUUUUCCGUCAAGCUGCGCAUCUCUGAUCUCUUCAGGGAGAUAUGCCUGUGUCAUCAGAGCUACCGUGGCACUGUUCCUUCUUUCCUUUCUUCCUUUCCUCUUUCUCUCCUCUUCCUCCGAUACUGGUGUAGUGCUUAAAAGCACUGGCUUUGGAGUGAUGGGCAUGGCUCCCAGUUCGGCCACUCACUUGCUGUGUGCCCUUGGGCAAAUUACAAUUUCCCUGCUUCCACUGGAACUUAACCUUCUACACUGUAUGAGUUUCUGGAGUUCAUGGCCUAUUUCGCUGCACUGUACCAUAAACUCUUUUAGGGUGGUGACUAUAGUCUUAAAUCUUUUUGCUCUUUUUUGACCCAGCAUUCAGCCCUGGGUAGAGUCAGAGCUUGGUAUAUUGUGGGUUCUCAGGAUAGCAGGAUUGGUAGUGAGUGGAGGCCACGUAGCUCAUUGCAUUAAAGACAGAUGGUGGAGCCCUAGGUGGGAUGGGUAGCAGUAGGAAGUAAAUUAGAUCAUAUCCAUUCACUUGUACUUAAAAAAAGAUCCCAGCCGCUCCGCGGCAUAUGGGAUCUUCCCGGACCGGGUCACGAACCCGUGUCCCCUGCAUCGGCAGGCGGAUUCUCAACCACUGCGCCACCAGGGAAGCCCUUAAAAAAAGAUUUUUGAGCACCAGGCCUUGUGCUGGAGAGAUUACCAGAAUGACCCAGUCCCUGCCCUCAAGUUGCUUAUAAACUAAUAGUGGAAAUAGACCUGUAAACAGAUCAUUGCAAAUCACUGUAAAAGCAAGUACAAGAUUCUGUGGGUGCAUAAAGGAGGAAGUGGGCAGGAAUUAGGCGAUUGCUAAGGAAUAGUGGGUGAGAAUAGACACAAGUAGGCAUGAAAUGGGUUCUGGAGACAGGCCCGGCCUUCAUUCAAUUCAUUCAGCAAAUAUUUAUUAAGGAUCUACUAGGUAUGACUGCCACUGCUGUAGGAGUUGGGGUUAUAUUAAUGAAUAAAGCAAAGAACGUGGCCCUCAUGGGACUUAUGUUUUGCAGGGGGAGGCCGAUACUAAAUAAUAGACAUAAAAAACAGAUUGUUAGGAGGCGAGAAGUGCUGUGGGGCAGGGGAGACUGAGUGAGGGGGAAGGGGCUGUAAUUUUUAUAUUUAAAUUUUAUUUUUUUGGAGGGGUUGUAAUUUUUAAAAGGAUGGCCAGGAGACAGUGAAUAAGUAUCAGAAUAAAUUGUUUCUGAUUUUUUUUUUGCAUUUUUGAAAGUGAAGCAAGCCUAUUAUUUUUCACAUCACUUAUGUAGAUUCUUGAAAAAGCACUCUCUAAUAGAGAUUGGUAAAUUAUACUUCACCUCCUUUUGUUUUUUUAAAUAGGUCUUUAUUGGAGUAUAAUUGCUUCACAAUGCUGUGUUAGUUUCUGUGGUACACCAAAGUGAAUCAGCCAUAUGCAUACAUAUGUCCUCAUAUCCCCUCCCUCUUGAGCCACUCUCCCUAUCCCACCCCUCUAGGUCAUCACAAAGCACCGAGCUGAUCUCCCUGUGCUAUGCUGCUGCUUCCCACCAGCCAACUGUUUUACAUUCGGUAGCGUAUAUAUGUCAGUGCUACUCUCACUUCGCCCCAGCUUCCCCCUCCCACCCCAUGUCCUCAAGUCCAUUCUCUAUGUCUAUAUCUUUAUCCCUGCCCUGCUUUUAAAUAAAGUUUUAUGAAAACAGACACACCCAAUCAUUUAUAGAUCUUCUUUGGCUGCUUUUAUGAUACAAUGGCAGAGUUGAGUAGCUGCAACAGAGAUCCUGUGGCCCCCAAAAUUUACUAAAUAUAUAUUCUCUGGUCCUUUACAGAAAGUUUGCUGACCCCCCACUCCUUAAAGAUUUAAGGUAUUGUCCGUAUUUCACAUUUAGAUUAUAUGUACUGUACCAUUUUUUAAUUGAAUUUUUUUCUUUCCUAACAAGAUCAUGUAAGGGAUCUUUUUCAUUCUUGCCUUCUUCACAGGGCUAGCAUGUAGCGUCUUCAACAAUUGUAGUAGCAGCUGUCAUGUACUGAAUGACUAGUACUGCCACACUUUACACUGAGCAUAUUAUAGGCAUUUUCUCUAACAAAGUCCUGCUGUGUCGGUCAGUAUCACAAUUUUAGUGAUGUGGUAGUUGAGGCUCAGAGUGGUUGAGUAAUUUACAGAGUUGUAAAGACAGUAUGUGUCACUAUAGAGAUCCAACCCUAAAUUUAGUCGGUGUCCCUUCCAUUACCGGACCCCACCUGGAGCAAUUAUCAAGCUUUCAUUUUCUAUCAUCAAUGCCCCAUCAUAGUCUAUGCUUCCCUCCCUCAUCCCUUUGUUCAUGUCACUCUGUACAGUAUCUCCACCAGCCCACUCUGCCUUUUGAAAUGCUGUUAUUUCUUCAAGGUUCAGAGGAAAUACCGCUCUCCUCUUAUCAGUACUUUCUUCCCCUCAUUCCCUGUCCUUGGCUGUCAGAACUCAAAGGAGUCUGUGCAGCUUAGCAAGCAUUUGCUGAUGUUUGCAUAAGUAGGCCCUGUGCUGGGCACUGUGUGUGGGGGGUGGGCAGGGAAUGUGUGUCUGGGGGAAUGUGUGUCUGGGAGACUGUGUGUGGUGUGUGAGUAUAGCUGGAUGUGUGUAUGGUGUGUAAUUGUAUAGCCAUGAAUGUGGUUCUGUGUGUGGGAGGGCUGUGUGUGGUGUGUGUGGUAUGUACGUGUGUGACUGCAUGAUAUGUAUGUGUGUUGUGAGAGUGGCUGAGUGUGUUUGGUAUGUGAGUAUGGCUGUGUGGUGUGAGUCUGUGUGAGACUAUCUGUGUACGCACCACUGUGUGUGGUGUUUGAGUGGAAGUGGGUCCUGACCAAUCAGAACAGACACAGCCCAGGCCCUCAGUGGGUCUUGGAGGACCCAGAUGUCAAGCCUGUAUUUGCUAGACUAUGGUGAGGUCUGGGGAAGGGAUGAGGUGCACACUUAAGAGGAUCCAAAGCUGGGCCUUGUAAACGAGUAGGAGAGCCUCAAGAAUUAGAGAUUCUGUUAUCUUCAUUUUGAAAGCAGGCAAAUAGGUGGAUACUUUUAAGGAAGGCUUUUCAAAAAAGAUUAAACAUAAUGGGAAUUUCAGUUAACUUACAGUUAGGCAGAAAAAUUGAACUCAUCCCCAAAUGGAAGCUCCUUUACUUGUAGGUGAAUUAGAGUCUAGACUGUCAUUGUUUAGUGGUAUUAAGAAAAGUGACAUUAUGCAACUCAUACAAAUAUCUUCUGGGGGUGGACAAAGCUGGGGCCUUCUUUUUGCUCUGGUGGGUAGCUUUAAAUAUCUGUGGAAGUUUGUCACUUGAAAGUAAGUAAAGGCAUUCUAUCCAAGCAUUCCAGUUAAUUGAGGUUAUUUCUGAUGGAUGGUUCCAUAGGGAUGGUGUAUACCCACCCCUUCAGCCAGGACGAAAGAUUCCCUGGGGUCUGGCCUGACCCAAGGAAUAAAGGUGUUGGCCAUUUGUGUUCAUUCUCAGGGUUCAGAGAUGGGCAGUGAGAAGGAGCAGAGCCCAGAGCAGCACCUGCCUGAGGAAGGGGAGCGGGGUACUAAGCCAUGGAGAGUGGAUGACUCAGAGGGUUCUUGGAUCCCAGAUGGGGAGAAAGAGCAUGGGCAAGCAAGCCUGUCAGAGGGGCCACCGCAGGACGGCGCUGUCCCCGCUGGAGAGCCAGAGGACCGCUCUGCUCGUCCGAGGCCCGAGGCUGCUGAGAAGCCCUUUAUAUGUGCCCAGUGUGGCAAAACCUUCAAUAAUACCUCCAACCUGAGAACACACCAGCGGAUCCACACAGGCGAGAAACCCUACCAGUGUUCUGAGUGUGGCAAGAGCUUCUCGAGAAGCUCCAACCGCAUCCGGCACGAGCGCAUCCACCUGGAGGAGAAGCACUAUAAGUGCCCCAACUGCGAGGAGAGCUUCCGGCGGCACUCGGACCUCACCACGCACCAGCAGGACCACCUGGGCAGGCGGCCCUUCCGCUGUGACAUCUGUGGCAAGAGCUUCAGCCAGAGCUCGGCGCUGGCCGUGCACUACCGGACCCACCUGGAGCCGGCGCCCUACAUCUGCUGCGAGUGCGGGAAGAGCUUCAGCAACAGCUCCAGCUUCGGCGUGCACCACCGCACCCACACGGGUGAGCGGCCCUAUGAGUGCGCCGAGUGCGGGCGGACCUUCAGCGACAUCUCCAACUUCGGGGCGCACCAGAGGACCCACAGGGGCGAGAAGCCCUACCGGUGCACGCUGUGCGGGAAGCACUUCUCCCGGAGCUCCAAUCUCAUCCGCCACCAGAAAACUCACCGGGGAGAGCAGGCUGGGAAAGAUUCCAGCUGAAGAGGGCGAGGAAGAGAGAGAGCAGAGCGUGGGACCCCAACCUAGUGCAGAAAGAUCUUAAGGAUCUCCUGCUGCCCCCCUUGACCUCAAGCCCUUCCUCCCACUUUGGAGAACGGUUUUCUGUUGCCUCUGAAGCCGGGAUCUCCAGGAAGUCCUGAGAAGGGACUCUGAGUAAAAAUCUUCACUUUUUUCCAGGCCGAUUUCUUGUGGUAGAAAGUCAGAGGACCCCGUCUUGGCUUCACCUCCUUGGGGUGAAAGAGAAAAAUAAGGUAGGCUUAGGACAUGCUCAUAUCAUUUGGGCAACCGUCCCCUGGCCUUUGAGGAAGUACCUGUGAGGUGGGCAUCACUGUCCGGAGGGCCUCUGUACAGUAUGUGGACCGCUUAGGGCACACUGCAGUGGUCCACUAGUUCCCACCUGCUGUGCCUCACCUGGGCUGGGAGGAGCAGGGGAGAAAGGGGCCCCCUUGGCCCGGAGAAGAGGCCUGAGGUCCUACUUUCGGAAUGAAAGGGAAGCCCUCGAGAAGCCAUGAUCCAGGGACCCUCACACUCCCUCCUGUCUGUGACUUGUCACCCCCGUCCCAACGUGCAUCUGUUUCCCCAGGGUUAGCAGUAAAACCCUUUAAUGAAAA